ACCGCCCGGGGAGGACGUUGUCGGUCUCCACAGCUUCACAGGCUCGCCCUCCGAGGCCCCCAUCUUCCACACAAGGAAUAAUCAUCAACCCAUUUUACCAGUAUAUAAGUUAGAAUCAUAUGGGCUCUUAGACACGCAUUAACAUAAAUCAGCAAAUUAUCGGUGAUUUUAGUUAAAUUAAGUGAAUAUGACCAUUUAGUGUUGAAUAUUUGAUGGUGAAGUAAUUUAGAAACUUCAUAUUAGAGACGAUAUCUGCAAGUGCAUUUGUGUAAUGGUAUAAGAUGUUCAGCAAGUUUGUUUGUACAAAUAUUAUACCUGAACACAGACUGUGCAAGAUAACAUACAGGAACACAAUGACUAGUGAGGCCCCUGGAAACAAUAUCUACACUGGAAGUUGUAGUGUAACUAGGCAACACUUUCUUGAGCCCACUGUUGGGUAGUAGGCGCCAGAGCACGACCCGAGGUUAGUCAGUCAUGUCUCCGGAAUAUUGCGCGCGUCCCGGAGACCUCUGGGCCAAGCACAGAGUCUGAGUCAGGGCAGCUGUGGCCAUCAAUCACCAGGAUAGUCUUUAGGCUGCGCCCGUGACAGAGCAGCUGUGACAGAGCAGCUGUGGCAGAGCAGCUGUGGCAGAAUCUGCAAGUUGGAGAAGUAAUACAAGUGGGAAUGGAGAAGAGUGAGAAAGCGGAAGUGAUACAAUCCGGAAGUGGCAGGAGUGAGAGCCUGUGGCGGCAUCACAGAAGCCGUCUAUAACAAGCCAUAGACACUGACACCAUUGAGAAGAGUGUUAAGCGAGCAGGUGUGUAAGGACACAGCUGCCUGCUGGCCUUAUCCUCACCGACUGGCCCAGUUCGUCUUCCGACUCAAGACGGGUAUAUACACCCACAUCUUCUAGGUACACAUACACAGAGUAUACUUUAGUCCUCAUCUAUGCUCAGAAAUAAAGUAUACUUAACCAGUAAAGUACUGUGGUGGCCAUAAUAACCCUCCUGCGCUUGACAGGACAUAAGCCCAACACCACACAGGCCGCCACCUACUCCGGGACUUGUCUCAACCUACUAGAAGAUAACACUUUUGUUGUGAAUAAACAAGUUCGUCUUCGGCAUUAUCUCUACGGCACAGAGAAAGGCAUGAUGGCGGAGGACAACAACCAGACCAACCUGUCGUCCAUCAGGGGCGACUACCACUGGGAACCACUGCACCCAUGGAUGUUCAGCAGUCAGGAGCAGUGCCACACCUACCACCACACCGCCCCCACCACACCCUACGACCACGUUGUGUACUGUAACGCCACCUGGGACAACAUUAUGUGCUGGCCGCCUACCCUGGCCAACACCAGGAUGACCCUCCCGUGUCCUCCUGUACAGGGCGUCGACCUCAAGCAGACCGCCUACCGCACCUGCUCCACGGACGGCCGCUGGCUGCCUAAGGACGCCAAGGACCACAACCCCGCCGGCUGGACCAACUACACUGUGUGCUUCACCCCAGACGUCAGGAACCUUCUCAACCAGCUCUACUCCGGCACCGAGGAGGACGCUCAGAUGAAGUUCCUGGUGGCCAAAGGGUCCCGAGCGAUGGAGAUCAUCGGACUGACGCUGUCUCUAGUGUCACUCCUCCUCUCCCUCUUUAUCUUCAGUUACUUCAAAUUCGUAGAUUUUAGGAGCCCCUUAUCCCAGCCGUGCUUCAGAAAGCUGCGCAACAACCGGACCCGCAUCCACAAGAACCUCUUCGUGGCUAUGAUCCUGCAGGUGCUGGUGAGACUCAUCCUCUACGCCGACCAGGCCAUCGUCAGGGGAGACUCCACCGGCCUCGCCUCCGGCCUCACCACUGACAGACACGGCAUUGACAGCACGCCCAUCCUGUGCGAGUCGUUCUACAUCCUCCUUGAGUAUGGUCGUUCAGCGAUGUUCAUGUGGAUGUUCAUCGAGGGGAUGUAUCUGAACAACCUCAUCAGCGUGGCGUUCUUCCAGGGCCCGCCUAACUACAGCGCUUACUACGCCAUCGGCUGGGGCAUCCCAGUGUUCAUGACAGCGUCCUGGGCGGCGGUGAUGGCGCUGUGGAAGAACAUGGACUGCUGGUGGGGCUACUCCUUCACUCCAUAUUACUGGAUCCUUGAGGGCCCUCGCUUUACCGUCAUUGGGGCCAAUUUGCUUUUUCUGAUGAACAUCAUGAGAAUCCUGAUCAGCAAGUUGCGUGAAGCCAGCUCCAGCGAGGCUCAACAGAUCAGGCCCUUGCGACGCUCUGUACGCAACGCCCUCUUCCUCCUGCCCUUGUUGGGCAUCACUAACGCCAUCACCAUGAUCCCUAAACCCCUCGAACGCUCCGCCUUCGAGUUCGGCGUCUGGUCUUACGGCACCAACCUCCUCACCUCCUUUCAGGGCUUCGUCGUCGCCUGCAUAUACUGCUUCUUCAACGGCGACGUGAAGCGAACCUUAUGUUACUACUGGCGGCUCAAGGUCACCCUAAGGACUAGUAAGCGCCGCUGUGAGUCAGCCUCAGCCUUUCCUGAUCCCGAGGGACUCUUUGGCACCGGCUACGGCCCUCGGCCUCCCAAACUACACUACAAGGCCCGCAGUAAGUCGUCCGGGGACAAACCUCAGUCCAACGGCGUCAUUCAGACGCUGCACAACCCUCACCUGGGCAGCCUGCACGGCACGCACGUGCUCCACCACUCCACCGGUCUGCCGUGCCACGUGACAAUGCCCGCCACCAGCUUAUGACGGCCGGUACCCUGCUUCCUGAACGCCCCGCGAGGCUGCGCCGCGUUCGAAGGCUCAGAACCUCGCGUCAGCUUCAUAUUCAGGACCACAAGGGCCUCCAACUAUGUUCCCAGGAAUGACAACUCGAAGCGAACAGGAAUAAACAAGUCGAAAAAGAAUCCUCAGAGGGGUUUCAAGAUGAGCAGACGUCAUGGUAGGAAGGCUGUACGACGGGGGAGUGGCGACUGUGGCGACGUCAGUUCGGACGGACCGAGCCCCAGCAGCCUCCGCGGGGUGUCGUCAGGGACCCUAGAUGCCGACAUCCACACCUGGUCCACCAACACCACCGACUAUGACGGUGGAGCGUCGUGCUCGUCGUCCAGCGCUGUACGCAGCUCUCACCAACCUGGACACGGGUCUGGUCACCGCUGCUCCUCCGAGCUAGGCUCACCAUUUGCUUGCAGCGUGCAUGACUGAGCGCCACAAUUCUGGGUUCUGAAACAACUCACCUCAGACAUCCGUCAACCGAAGCCGUCCUGUAUGUUCAAGGAGGGCUAUGCCAGUACGUCUCAUCUUAGAUCCCGUCGCGCAUCCACAGUGAUGUAUGACUCCCACCUCUUCUUCCAAACCAUUCAACAUUUUACAGAGUGAUUAGCCAAGAAGCUACUGGAUGGGUAGCUCAAGUGCAUCUAACAACCUGGUUCCUUCUCAUACGUCUUGAGUUCGGUGUCUGUCUUGCCCUGCAACCCUUACUAACUUCCUCCUACCCCGGCCCGACAGUGUGGCUGUAACGACCAGAUCUGUGGCAUGCUUCAGAGUCAGUCUUUCACACACUCCUCCUCCUCCUCCAGGUAUUCUUAUCGUAUCCAUCAAAACUGAUAAACAACCUACCCUGGCUUUGCGCCCUGGUGAGGCCACUCCAGACCAGGCCGACAUCAGAGCACAACUCCAUAGUCUCCUGAGACUGGUGGAUGCCUACUGAUAAUAGAAAACCAAACUUCUGGUUCUCAUGCAUUCCAAGACUGCUUCCAGCACCACAACUCCUAACCCGAAGCUCUAAGAUGAACAUCUAACUUACCCACCCAUCUGCCAAAAUUACCCUUUAUUUACCUCCUCAUCUUAUUUGUCCUCUUUUUACCUACCCCUCUUAACUAUCCCCCCCCCAAACUCUUUUCUAAUCUCUUCUUACCUUCCCGCCACUUAACAACCGCUUGAUCUGCUCUCCGCUUACCUGCCCAUCUUAGCUAACGUUUUGCAACCCGUCCUCUUAAAAAUAACGUCGCUUUUCGCUCGUAUGCGCGCUAUGGCCAAAAAGGGACGUAAUUUGAAAUGAAAUCGGCUCACGAAAGUGAUGUAAUGUCCCGUUUUCUGUUUGGGUCCUUUGGCUUACUCGGUAAGAUUAGGAUAGGAAACUUUCCCUUGACGGUUUUCAUAACGAUUUGAAACUUUAGGAGAAUUUCCUGCCCUCCUAACCUACCAGAGAACCCUUAACUUCAUGUUGUAGAAACAAAAAAUAUAAAAUUUAUUUUCAAUUUUUUUAAUUUUCAAAUUACGUUAAUUUUCGGACAUACGGGCAAAUGGCCAAAUUCAGACGUAAUUUGUAAGAGGAUAAGUUGCAAAAUUUCUCCUCUUAACUGCCUACCUCAUAUCUCCCCAGAUUCUUACCUCUCCUUAUAUGCCCUCCUCUUACCUCUCCCUCGUAUCUCUCUGCUCCCCAACUUGGCUACGCACCUCGUAUCUUCCCCACACGCGAACACUCGCUUUUACCCAUUUGAUUUUGGGAUAGAACAUUUGUUUUAUCUUUCUCGUUCAUGACUGUUGCCUGAGAGUAAAUGUGUGAUGUGUGUGGGUGCGCGCCAUCACGCAACAAACAUAACAUUCUAUAAUCCACCAAACGUAAAUUACUACAUAAAACUACCGCACACAAACUUUCCACACACAAACCCUCCACACACACAAACCCUUCCCGCACAUUAAAACUUGUUUCGCGUGGGUUUGUGUUAAUAGUUUGUUUUGAAAAAGCUGGUUCAGGUAGCUCCUGCAGCCGUCACACUGGCCGGGUCAGCUGACUACUUUUGGUUUCAACUUGUUGUUUUCUGUUAAUUUGAUAGCAACUAAAGAGAAUACAUAUUUCAUAUACAUAUGAGACCGUAUUACAAAGAGCGCUAUUUUUUAGUCUCGAGCUAGCGACCUAGCGGUUACCAAUUCCUCAACCAAUGAAUCAACAUAUACCUGUUUAUUUGUCCUCUUCGGAGGCCAGAUGCUUGGGGCUACAGUCAACCAACUGUUCAAGAUGACACAUGGGUGGUAUGGAAGUGACAUGGGCCAGAUGCUUGGGGCAUCUGGCCUAUGGAAAUGCCACAGGCCAGUAGGAGUCGGCCUCAGUGUACCUCAUCAAGAAAUAUCGGCUCCUAUUUUU